CCAGCGCAGAGGGACCGGUACGUCCAGCCUUCGGUUUGUUACCCGAUUAUAUUAGAGUGUGAGACGUUGGCUGGAGUCUGUCAUCUUCUCAACGUUCAUGUGUGGUGAAAGUGUUUAGGUUCAUGCUCAAAGUGUGUCAGGAGUGUUUUAUAGCGUCUUUGCCGGUUUCCUGUAAGAAAUACUGAUCUUACUUUUGUUUACAUGUCUUAAAUCUAAAAUGUAAACAGUGACAGGACACAGACAUGGAGGAGAAGAGGGAGAUGGAAAAACUGUCCGCAGACAAACAGGAACAGAAUGGAAACUUAAGAGCCGGUGAGGAUGGAAAAGAGAAAGACAAGAAGAAAGAAAAGGCGCCGAAGGAGCCCAUGGUCGGCCCCCUCGCUGUGUUCAGGUUUGCAGAUGGCUGGGACAUUCUGAUGAUUAUCGUUGGGACUGUGAUGGCCAUGGCUAACGGGGUAGUGCUCCCUCUCAUGUGUAUUGUUUUUGGAGACAUGACGGACAGCCUUAUAGCUAGUGCUUCUUCCAACAUCACCAACCCUGAAAUGGCUUACCAAAACCUCACCAGCAAUUUAGAAGAGGAGAUGACUGUCUUCGCCAUCUAUUACUCCAUCAUGGGAGCCGUGGUGCUGGUGGCAGCCUACCUGCAGGUGUCCUUGUGGAGCUUGGCAGCCGGGCGGCAGGUGAAUCGCAUCCGCACCCUGUUUUUCCACAGGAUCAUGCAGCAAGACAUCGGCUGGUUUGACGUCAACGAAACGGGAGAGCUGAACACGCGACUCACAGAGUGGAGGGUCAUGGGUGGACUUGUUUGUAUUUGCAGCGAUGUCUAUAAAAUCCAGGAGGGUAUUGGGGACAAAGUGGGGAUGUUGAUCCAGAGUUUCAGCUCCUUCAUUGCAUCGUUCGCCAUCGGCUUUUCCAAAGGCUGGAAGCUCACGCUGGUCAUCCUGGCUCUCGAAGGCCAACAAGACGUUUUCUACCGGUUCAAACAGGUGCUGACCACCUUCACGUCCAAAGAGCAGACUGCGUAUGCUAAAGCUGGUGCUGUGGCAGAGGAGGUGCUCUCUGCCAUCAGGACAGUGUUUGCCUUCAGUGGUCAAAACAAAGAAAUUCAGAGGUAUCACAACAACCUGGAGGAUGCCAAAAGGAUGGGAAUAAAGAAGGCGAUUUCUGCUAACAUUGCCAUGGGCUUCACCUUCAUGAUGAUCUACCUGUCCUAUGCCCUGGCUUUCUGGUACGGCAGCACCCUCAUCCUGAGCAAGGAGUACACAAUCGGAUCGGUGCUCACCGUUUUCUUUGUUGUGCUCAUUGGAGUGUUUGCGGUGGGACAGACCUCUCCGAACUUCCAGAACUUUGCCAGUGCCCGCGGAGCUGCACAUAAAGUGUACGGCAUAAUCGAUCAUAACCCGAGCAUCGACAGCUAUUCGGAUGCCGGCUACAGGCCCGACUACAUCAAAGGAGACAUAGAGUUCCGCAACAUUCACUUCAGCUACCCCUCCAGGCCUGAAGUCAAUAUAAUGGACAACAUGUGUCUGAAAGUCACAAGCGGACAGACCACGGCGUUAGUGGGCAGCAGUGGCUGUGGUAAGAGCACAACCAUCCAGCUGCUGCAGAGGUUCUACGACCCACAAGAGGGAUCUAUCUCCAUUGAUGGUCACGACAUCCGCUCUUUAAAUGUCCGUUACCUAAGAGAGAUGAUUGGAGUGGUAAGCCAGGAGCCCAUCCUUUUCGCCACCACCAUCACCGAGAACAUCAGAUACGGCCGACCGGACGUGACGCAGCAUGAUAUCGAACAGGCCGCCAAGGAAGCCAAUGCCUAUGAUUUCAUCAUGAACCUUCCUAACAAGUUUGAGACGCUUGUGGGCGACCGGGGAACUCAGAUGAGCGGCGGGCAGAAGCAGAGGAUUGCCAUUGCCAGAGCUUUAGUCCGCAACCCCAAAAUCCUUCUGCUGGACGAAGCCACCUCUGCUCUGGACGCUGAGAGUGAGACCAUUGUGCAAGCCGCUCUUGAUAAGGUCCGUCAGGGUCGCACCACACUCAUCGUGGCUCACCGCCUCUCCACCAUCAGAAAUGCCGACGUCAUCGCUGGCUUCCAGAAAGGGGAGGUUGUAGAGCUGGGAACUCACGCUGAGCUGAUGGAGAAAAAAGGAGUCUACCACACUCUGGUCACCAUGCAGACCUUCCAGAAAGACGCUGAGGGGGAGACGGAGAACGAGCUGGGCGCUGAUGAGAAGAGCCCCUUGGACAAGCCCAUCUCUGAGAGCACCCUGUUCAGGAGGAAGUCCACACGAGGCUCCUCCUUCGCCGUAUCAGAGGGGGGGGAGGAGGAGAAGGAAAAGUUAAAGAAAGACAUACCAGAGGAUGAAGAAGCCCCCCCUGUGUCUUUCCUCAAAGUGAUGCGUCUCAACAUUUCAGAGUGGCCAUAUGUUCUCGUGGGAAUUAUCUGUGCCAUCAUCAAUGGAGCAAUACAGCCUCUGUUUGCUGUCCUCUUCUCCAAGAUUAUCACUGUGUUUGCUGAGCCAGACCAAGAGGUCAUCAGGGAACGGUCAAAUUUCUUCUCCCUCAUGUUUGUGGCUAUCGGAGCCGUCUGUUUUGUCACCAUGUUCCUGCAGGGUUUCUGUUUCGGUAAAUCUGGAGAGGUCCUCACCUUGAAGCUGAGACUCGGGGCCUUCAAGUCCAUGAUGAGACAGGAUCUGGGCUGGUUUGAUCACCCCAAAAACAGUGUUGGAGCGCUCACUACAAGACUGGCCACAGAUGCUGCCCAGGUACAAGGGGCUGCGGGAGUUCGUUUGGCGACACUCGCCCAGAACUUUGCCAACCUGGGCACCGGCGUGAUCCUGGCCUUCGUGUACGGCUGGGAGCUGACGCUGCUCAUUUUGGCUGUGGUGCCCGUCAUAGCCAUGGCCGGGGCUGUUGAGAUGAAGAUGCUCACGGGACACGCUGCCGAAGACAAGAAGGAGCUGGAGAAGGCCGGAAAGAUUGCCACAGAGGCCAUAGAGAACAUCCGCACCGUCGCCUCUCUGACAAGAGAAGCCAAGUUUGAGUCUCUGUAUCAGGACAACCUCACAGUGCCAUAUAAGAACUCCAUUAAAAAGGCCCACGUGUACGGCUUUACCUUCUCCUUCUCCCAGGCAAUGAUCUACUUUGCUUACGCAGGCUGUUUCCGCUUUGGAGCUUGGCUCAUUGUGGCAGGAAGGAUGGACGUCGAAGCAGUUUUCCUUGUAAUUUCAGCCGUUCUUUUUGGUGCCAUGGCGCUCGGAGAAGCCAACUCCUUUGCUCCGAACUACGCCAAGGCUAAAAUGUCAGCAGCCCACCUUUUCAUGCUGCUGAACAAGGAGCCCGCCAUUGACAACCUGUCGCAGGAGGGGAAGAUGCCGGACAAAUUCGAUGGCAACGUGAGCUUUGAGGGCGUUCAGUUCAACUACCCUUCUCGGCCCGAUGUGCCCAUCCUGAAAGGGCUGAACCUGAAGGUGAAGAAGGGGGAGACGCUGGCCCUGGUGGGGAGCAGCGGCUGUGGGAAGAGCACCACCAUCCAGCUGCUGGAGAGGUUUUACGACCCCAAGGAGGGCCAAGUGGUGCUGGACAGUGUGAAUGUCAAAGAACUGAACAUCCACUGGCUGAGAUCUCAGAUAGGCAUCGUGUCUCAGGAGCCUGUGCUGUUCGACUGCACGCUGGCGGAGAAUAUCGCCUACGGAGACAACAGCCGCACCGUGAGCAUGGAGGAGAUCGAGGCCGCUGCCAAAGCAGCCAACAUCCACAGCUUCAUACAAGAACUGCCCCUGAAGUACAACACCCAGGCGGGUGAUAAGGGCACCCAGCUAUCAGGAGGGCAGAAGCAGCGCAUAGCCAUAGCCCGAGCCAUCCUCCGCAACCCCAAGGUGCUGCUGCUGGACGAAGCCACCUCCGCCCUGGACACGGAGAGCGAGAAGGUGGUGCAGGAUGCCCUGGACCAGGCCAGCCGGGGCAGGACGUGCAUCGUAGUGGCCCACCGUCUCUCCACCAUCCGCAACGCCGACCGCAUCGCCGUCUUCCAGGGAGGCGUGGUGGUGGAGCAGGGGACGCACCAGCAGCUGCUGGCCAAGAAGGGAGUGUACUACAUGCUGGUCACCACGCAGCUCGGCCACGCGUCGGGAUGAGCGGCCUCACCUGCCGGUGGUCUUUAUCAGGGCGGGGUUAAGCACUUGUGCCUCGCCCGAUAAGCUUCCUGCUUCACAUCGGUGCUGUUAAAUGAGUUCAAUGGACGGCCGAACACAAGCCUUAAUGCUGUUUCCUUCUCGAUGAACCGUCACUUUUAUGCAUCCUCCUCAAAUAAGUUAUUGGGUUUGUGACAGUAGGAAAAAAAAAAUGCACUGGAUAUGUCUUGUACAUGCUGAGCCCAGGUCACAGUUUAACACCCGUUCGAUACUUACUGAAUCAGGACCCGUUUGUUCUAACUGGAUUUAUUCGUUUUGUUCUUCUCAUGACUCAAACAUAUCUGCUCACAUAUUCUACUUUAAAGAGCAACACAAUCAACACUUUUUCAAAAAGCAAACCGGUGUCCUUAUGGGCAGCCUCGCUCACCUUUGGGGCUUUUGUGGUUCACUUUAAUGCCACAUUGUACAUUUAUAGCCUGAUCUCUCCACCAGAUUUACUUUUUGAAUAAAGGCAACAUGCUUGGAUCACCUUCCAACUUACAGGGAGAAACGUGGAGGUGAGGACUCUGGAGGUACAAGGCCCAAAAGAGGUUGAAUUCAAUUGUCGGCUAUUUUGAGCAGUUUUCUGCUUCCUUCCCUGUAAUGGUGGGAAUUUGUCUGAGCAGAUAGUAUAUUUGGAAUCUGGUUUCCUUCUAAGAUGCAUUUCUUUGCUUCCCGGAAAGUAGUUGUUUUUUUUUUAGUUCACCUCCUGGUGUUCAGAUGCAAACUUUUGAUUUCUGAUUUAACCUUUUGCAACUGAAAACAAUCAUAAAUGCAGUGAUAACUGCUAAAAAUCCACUACUCUACCACCAGGUAUGCCUUUAAUUAUGGGACCAUCACUGUAACUGGGUAAAUGUCUGAGAUAAAUCUAGAGUGUGAGCACUUAAAAAUACUCUGGAUGUGAAUUUUGUUCAUGUUCGUAUCGAUAUUCACUGAGAUUAUAAAUUUUGUUUCUACAUGACUAAUACCAUUUCCUUGAGAAUGUGUAACUAUUAAAGUUUGAUAUAUAAAAAUUCUGUUUUUAAUAAUUUCAACCAACUGAAGCAUGUGUAAAUCUGUUUAAGUCGUCAUUGUUACUACAAUUUAUUUAAAAUGGUGCACAUCAGGGGUUUUUUUCUAAAGAUUAUGCUCAGUUAAAAUAGCAUUUUCAAAGAUUUCUUUUCCCUAUUUACAAAAAAACAGUUUCAUUAUUGUAAGGCUUGAAAUGCUGGAGGAAAACAUGAUGACAGCAGUCAACAUUAAAAAAAGCUAUAACGACAUUCAGAAAUUAUCAACAUGAUUUUAAAAGUACAGAAAGUGACCAACUUAAUGAGGUUUAGGUGCCAUGAACUAAAGUCCAAAAAACACUACCUGUGCAGCACCUCAGCAGAGUGGAAGACAACUGGUAGUGGAUCUGAAGAGAGACUGAGAGGCAGCGUGCUCAGCCCUGUGUGCGUUAAGGCAAAUGAGUUGAGUUACAUUCCAGAUUAUUCUGAGGACUGAAAGUCCAUUUAAAACAAAUUAAUUGUGGCUUUUUAGCAUGCCUUGUUUGGUCAAAGCGUGUACAUCCUGCAACAGGAUGCACUUGGUUCACAGCACAGUCAAACUCUCUGCCAAACACUGAGAACACAAGAAAAGAAGUGCACCCCGUGGAAAAAGACUUUUUAAAUUAUAUGGCAGAUAAAAUGUGUGAUCUGCUUCAUGAAAAUAGCUGAGAACUCUAUAGUAAUAGUGUUGGAGUGAACUGACUUUUCAAAGCAAAAAAUUGAGCCAAAAAUCAUACCACAAUCAUUUUUUACAAUGAAUGAACUCAAGAGUCCCUUCUUCAGAUCACAUUUAAAAUCGGCAAAAGACCAGGCCAGGUUUUAGCUAAAAUAUUAGUAACACUGUGUGGAUGAACGGUAAGAUUUAGUGAUUAUGAUGAUAAUAAUAAGAA